AUGUGGGAUGAUCUCGAGGAUCACUUGGAUCUGAGUCUUGACUUCGACGAACCACCCAUCCCCACCCCUGCCACACCCCCAGCGACUCAACCCCGUUCUUUUCCUACGUGCAUCCCUCCCCCUAUCCCCGAACCGCUUCCCACGCCUCCAGCCCCAGAUCAAGCUGCCGGGACGGAAACGGCACCUAUUUCAGAGACUCUUACGAUCCCGCAACACUCGCAUUAUCCUGAUAUCGUGAAUGCGUUGCACCGGGUUUUCAAGCUGAAGAACUUCCGCCCUAAGCAACUACCCGCUGUCUCAGCGGCGAUGGAGGGCAAGGAUGUCUUCGUUCUUUUCCCGACCGGGAGCGGCAAGAGCUUAACAUUCCAACUGCCGGCCGUCUGCCUCGUUGGCGUCCAUAUCGUCGUCUCUCCCUUGAUGUCGCUGAUGCACGAUCAAGUGGCUGCUCUCAGGCGACUUGGAGUUCAAGUCGAGCAGCUGAGCUCUUCUCUUUCGGAGUCGGAAAGGAGUCGAGUGAAGGCACUGCUGUGGAGCCGGAACGACAAGGACUUGCCGCGACUACUCUACGUCACCCCAGAGCAACUGCAGAUGAGCGGCGAGCUGAAGAGUAUUCUGCAACGUCUGAGUGAACGGAAGCGAUUGAUCAGGUUCGUCAUCGAUGAGGCCCACUGCAUCACAGACUGGGGCCGACGCUUCCGCGACUCCUACUCGCAUCUCAGUCAACUCAGGAAGGAGUUCCCCAACAUCCCUAUCACCGCGCUGACCGCGACCGCGACUCCCGAAGUUGAGAGCGACAUCAUCACACGACUCGGUCUACGAGAUUGUGUUCGGCUCAAGCUUUCCUUCAACCGAAGGAAUCUCGACUAUGAAGUUCGCACGCAAAGGUGCACCGCAGACCUGGUCGCGCAAUACAUCAAGGAAAACCACCCCGGCAAGUGCGGUAUAGUCUACUGUAACUCCCGCGACAGGUGUGAAGAAGUGGCGAAGGCACUCCGAGAUAAGCACGGCUUGCGAUCAAGGCACUAUCAUGCAAUGAUGGAUCCCGGAGACAAGUCGCGUAUUCAAGACGAAUUCUUCCGGGGUGUCGUUCAUGUCAUUGUAGCAACUGUCGCCUUCGGCAUGGGCAUCGACAAGCCCGAUGUCAGAUUUGUCGUGCACUAUUCACUCCCGAGCACAUUGGCUGGAUACUAUCAAGAAACCGGUCGGGCUGGACGUGACGGCGAGCCGGCGGCAUGCGUUCUAUUCUACAGCUACCCCGACUACCAGCAGCGAAUCAGCCAAAUUCGCAAAGAGGAGAAGGACUGGGAGGAGAAGCGGUGGCAAGAAGAAGAUGUCAACGCCGUCCAACGCUAUUGUAUCAACAACGUUCGUUGUCGUCGUCAGCAAGUCCUCGCAUUCUUCGAAGAAGAUUUCGACCCUGGGAACUGCGGCCAACUGUGCGACAACUGCCGUGUAGUGGCGCCAGGCGAGGAGGUAGAUCACACCGCCAACGCCAUCGCGGUCCUCGAUGCGGCGGAAGACGCCAAACGUCAAGGCAAAUCGCUGACUCGGGUCCAGCUCAAGGACGUCCUCCGUGGUUCCAAUAACAAAAAUAUUCGCGAGAAGGGCUUUGACCAGCUUCAAGGCUACGGCUCCUUCAAGAAGUUAUCACAAUCGGCGGUUGAACGUCUCAUCGACGAGCUCCAUAUCAUCGGCGUCCUUGAUAAUGACAUUCAGAUUCGAGGUGACUACCCCCAGAACUACGUCAAGGUC